CAUAAGAAAAGAGAAACUUUUUCAAAUUAUCGAAUAUGUUCAAAUCGUUGAACUGUUACCAAUUCCUGAUAAUUCAUUUACUUUUAAUGCAGAUAAAUCUUUCGAUGGGUCAACUUUUCGAUGGAAACCUUGCCUAUGUUAGAGACAUCACCGAUUUGCAAAAAAUCGAGGGCGAAAUUAUAACGCAAAUAGGGGCAAUUGAGCAAAAGCUAAAUCAAGAUUUGGUAAAAAUUCGCACUUUUUAUAACGAUGUUCACGCUUGGGCAAACAGUGCAAUGCAAAAGAUUCGCAAUAGCCAGCCAGGGGUAUGCGCGAAUUUACUACAAACAGGUAGUACGCCGUUCAAUAUUCCAAUUAUUAUGCCUACGAGUGAAACUUCAGACUAUAAUUUAAGUCUAUCAUCUAAAGCACGAGCAGAUCAUUCUAAUGAUGUUUUGUCUGCCGAGGCGGUAGAUGGCAACAUGUCAUCCACGAUACGGUAAGAAAGCUGCAGUAAAGCAUUAUUGUCAUCAGAACAGCACCGUCUCCC